CGCCGGGACUGCUAGUGUCCACCCCUCCGGAGCGGAAGUGGCCGCGAGACUGACAGGGCUGACGGGGCGCUGGCUGGCUCAUUUCCCUCAGGAAGCCAGCCCGAACGGAGCGGAGAGGAAAGUUGGGCGCUCUCCUUCCCUCCCUCCCUCCCCUCCGUGUUGUCUCGGAUGCGGCGGAAGCAGAAGCGGCUGCUGCAGGCGACGGGGCUGGCACUAGCCGCCCUCGUCUUUCUCCCCAACGUGGGGCUCUGGGCGCUGUACCGGGAACGGCAGCUGGACGCCGGCGGCGGCGGAGGAGGAGGAGGAGGAGGAAGCAGCGAUGGAAGAGAUGGAAUUGCAGCGGCCGAAGUCCGAAAGGAGGCGCAGGGUUUUCAUACAAGACAAAAGAAAGAAGCUUCCCUUGGCAAUGGAGAAAGAAAAAAGGACUGGCAUGACAGAGAUGUUAUAAGGAGAGACUUACAACGAACAGGAAAUGGAGAACAAGGAAAACCAUAUCCUAUGACAGAUGCUGAGCGAGUUGAUCAGGCAUACCGGGAAAAUGGCUUUAAUAUUUUUGUGAGUGACAAAAUUUCUCUCAAUCGCUCUCUACCAGAUAUACGACAUCCAAAUUGCAAUAGCAAACUAUACCUGGAAAAGCUCCCCAACACCAGUGUAAUAAUUCCAUUCCACAAUGAAGGAUGGUCAUCGCUUCUCAGAACAGUGCACAGUGUUCUUAACCGCUCUCCACCUGAACUGAUAGCUGAAAUUGUGCUAGUGGAUGAUUUCAGUGACAGAGAACAUCUUAGAAAACGCUUGGAGGACUAUAUGGCCCAGUUUACGAAAGUGCGGAUUCUUCGAACCAAGAAGAGAGAAGGAUUGAUAAGGACCCGAAUGCUGGGGGCUUCUGCCGCAAUUGGAGAUGUCAUCACUUUCUUGGACUCCCACUGUGAGGCCAAUGUGAACUGGUUGCCACCCCUUUUAGACCGCAUUGCUCGAAAUCGCAAGACUAUUGUUUGCCCAAUGAUUGAUGUAAUCGACCAUGACCACUUUGGCUAUGAAACACAAGCUGGAGAUGCAAUGCGAGGAGCAUUUGAUUGGGAGAUGUAUUACAAGCGAAUUCCAAUUCCUCCUGAAUUACAGAAACCGGAUCCCAGUGACCCUUUUGAGUCUCCUGUAAUGGCUGGAGGACUGUUUGCAGUUGAUAGAAAAUGGUUCUGGGAGCUAGGAGGAUAUGAUGCCGGCCUGGAGAUAUGGGGAGGAGAACAGUAUGAAAUAUCUUUUAAGGUAUGGAUGUGUGGGGGUCGAAUGGAAGACAUCCCUUGUUCCCGUGUAGGCCAUAUCUACAGAAAAUAUGUCCCAUAUAAGGUUCCAACAGGAGUCAGCUUGGCAAGGAACUUGAAGCGUGUAGCUGAGGUAUGGAUGGAUGAAUACGCAGAAUAUAUUUACCAGAGGAGACCUGAAUAUCGGCAUCUGUCUGCAGGAGAUGUGGCUACUCAGAAGGAACUUCGCAGUAAUCUCAAUUGCAAAAGCUUCAGGUGGUUUAUGAAUGAAGUUGCCUGGGACCUGAGAAAGUUCUACCCACCGGUGGAGCCUCCAGCGGCUGCUUGGGGAGAGAUCCAUAAUGUAGGAACUAGUCUUUGUGUAGAUACAAAACAUGGAGCCCUAGGUUCACCACUAAAAAUUGAAACCUGUGUGAAGAGCAGAGGAGAAGCAGCAUGGAAUAACGUCCAAGUAUUCACAUUCAGCUGGCGAGAAGAUAUUCGUCCAGGUGACCCCCAGCAUACAAAGAAAUUCUGCUUUGAUGCGGUUUCCCACAACAGUCCCGUGACCCUCUAUGAUUGUCAUGGGAUGAAGGGAAAUCAACUCUGGAAGUAUAGGAAGGACAAGACUCUUUACCAUCCAAUAAGUGGCAGCUGCAUGGACUGUACUGAAAAUGACAGAAAAAUCUUCAUGAACACAUGCAAUCCCUCAUCUCCUACACAGCAAUGGAUAUUUGAACACAUAAACUCAACUGUCUUGGAAACCUUUAACAAAAACCUCGAUCUUUAAAGACUGUCUAUGUAUAUAUAUGUAUGUAUGUGUGUAUGUAUGUGUGUGCGUGUGUGUGUGUGUAUAUAUACACUAUAGUUUUUACAUCAAAGAUGACAAAUUUUGUAAAAGAGUAAUUUUUUUAAAAAAAUUAAGGUAAAAGGGAGAAUCUCAGGAGAGGGUGUGAUUAUCAGGCCAGUCUUUACUUUGAUGAUGCUGCAUUGUUAUCUUUUGGGUAAACAAAUCUCUCCUCAAUAUUUGCAUUCCAUUAUCAUGCUAUACAUUUUGAAGCCUUAUUCGCUAAGGCAGGAUAGUAUACUUCAGAAUUUUAAAUUGCUUAUCUAUUACAGCACAUUUCAAGCUACCACUUUUAUUUCAUAAAGGGAUGUGCAACCAUCUUGAAUUCUGCAACACAUUUUAUCUAAGCCAACUCUAGGGAUUUAUCAUGCAAAAAGAUGGCUAAGGUCAACACUGUCAUUCCUCCCUUGUUUUGGUGGUAUUAAGUUGGGGGGGGGGAGGUUGCCUUUGGCAGGCACAAAACAGGCGAUAGCUAUGCAUAGGUACUCAGCCUUGGAUUUACUACCUGUAACUAUUGAUGGUCAAGAUAUGAAUCCUGUCUCCAUAAGACUCCUUGUCUCUGUUGUAGGCAACUUUUCUCCUUUUUUAUUCCAGCAGUCCCUGAAAAUUUCUGAUUAUUAUUUUAAAAUUCUUUUUCUGCAGUCUGAAUAUACUUGAAGGGCACCAUCCAGUAUCAGGAGUAGAGGAUCCCAGCAACUGGAUCUAUACUUCCUAGGUCCCUCAUCCAACCCUCUUGGCAGCCCCAGGUAGCCACAUCCCCUUUCCCAUGACAACAUUAUUUAGAGAUGUCCCCAUCCUUGUAUAGGCCCCUUUCCUAUUCUGAAAGGUUGAAAUGUUCCUCCUGAAGAUCAACUACUGGAUUAAGAACUUUCAAAAUAAAAUAUGUUGGUCCCAUUGUAUAUUGCCUUUGACAACCAGAAUGUGGCCCAAGAGCUUAUUUGUAAGUGAAUUUGAGCCUCUAGUACAAAGAAGGAAUUCUUUCCUUGACAUUAAUCUUGCAUGGGGCAGGGUGGGGUGCAGCACCAAGCUGCAAAGAAAAGGGAGAAGCAUCUGUGCAGCCAGUGAUGUGCAUUCUACCAAAAGAUAGUAAAGGUAAAGGUUUCCCCUGACAUUAAGUCUAGUCGUAUCUGACUAUGGGUGUUGGUGCUCAUCUCCAUUUCUAAGCUGGAGAGCCGGUGUUGUCCAUAGACACCUCCAAGGUCAUGUGGCCAGCAUGACUACAUGGAGUGCAGUACUUUCCCACUACCAAAAGAUACAACUGGAAGUAAUGUCAUAUUUCAAGUGUAUGCACAUUUAUAUAAAUGGGAAAUGCCUAUUCUGGAUUCCUACCCUCAUUAUUCUGGUAAGCUUCAAGGAUAGGCCGCACCUACCCAGAAAAUAGCAGACAAAUUAAAAGAACACUCUCAAAAGAAUGUGUUCAUCAGUUUAAAUGGACUGGGUACCCCUGUUAUGAGUUGGUCAUUGGCCGUAAUAAAAGUUUACUUACUUACAUCAGUUUAAAUAAGUGAAACAUAAAGUAACAGAGUUUGUUAUAUCUUACGCAUGAAUCUUGUACACAAAUAAUCCCAACUAAGGUCUCUUUCAAAAUAGAUAAUUCAAUAUAAUUAGCGGUCAAACUUGAUAACUUCCUUCUGUUGUUAGAAACUGCUGUAUCCUGCUGUCAACUAGGAAGAAACUAAAAGUGAGUUGUCUACUGCUGAGACAGCCUGCUGAUAGAAUAACUGUACAGAUUUCAAGAGUCACCAGGAUUGAAAUGCAGACGUUUUUAUAGUAUAACAUCCCAAGGUGUUUCACAAUACAUUUAUUCUUCAGUUAAAUCGUUCCUUUUGAUGUCAGAAACUGGCAUAUGAAGCUUUUCUAUUGCAAACAGUAGCAAGUUUACUGUAAUUUCAUGUUACACAGUUAGAGCACUAUUAUUCCAUUUAAUUGCCAUGACAGUAUUUUCUAUGGCAUCAUGGGAGGAGUGAUUAUAACUCUGUGCCAGAGGUCACCAGACGAUAAAUCCCAGAAUUCCACAGGAUGCAACCAUAGCAGUAAAUUGGAGACAUAGUGUUAUAACUGUGUAGUGCAAAAAUGUUCUAUAUCUGCAGAGUCACAUUGUCCCAUUGCAUUCGGGUAUAUGCUGCACCUGAAACAUCAUUUGUUAAAAAAAAAAUUCUAACUAACACUAGUUAGGCAAAUCAGCUUUCUCUACAUAACCUGUUUAGUUCACUGGCAUCAAAGCCUUUGGCUCUCAUAUAUAAUGGAACUAAGACUAAAAGAAUAUUUGGGAUUGUUCUAGCAAAUCAAAUGUCUGUGAGAAGCCUAUAGGUUAUAAUGGAAGUAUUAUUUUUCCACUCAUGUCUCCAGGCAACAGGUAUUCAGAGAUAUGCUGCCUCUGAUCCUAGAAGUCAUAUAUAGCCAGCAGGACUAAUGAGCAUCAAUAGGCUUAUCCUCCAUGAUUUUGUCUAAUCCUCUUUUAAAGCCAUGCAAGCCGUCAUUUGCUAGCAGAUUCCAUGAUUUAACUAUACACUAUGACUGUGAAGCACAGCUUCUUUUUGCUUGUCUUGAAUCAAUGUAACUCUGUUACACGUAGAACCAAUUUGUAAUGACACCUACCUGCACUUUGGGCAGCAUCUGCAGCAUUGCAAAAUUCUACAAGCUGAACUACUUUGUAAGCCACCAUAAGUCCCUUCGGGUGAGAAAGGUGGGAUAGAAAUGACGUAAAUAAAUAAAUAAAUUGUAUAUCUAAUGAAAAAUAUUCAAGAAUCAAUAUAAUUCCAUAUGUUUCAGACUCAUAGUUCUUUUUUCCCAUUUCAAAGAAUGAAUUUGAUUUUUUAAAAAUAACUAUAGCAGUAUCCAUCUUUUUCCCAUUUAGCUUUUUAGAUGAACUCUCUGGUUCUAGGUUCCCUUAACAUUUACCCAGUUCCAGUGAUUGUCUAAUUUUGCAGUAUUUAGUUAGUUGGACUAACAGAUUAAUUACAGAAACUAAUUGAGUUUGAUAUGCAUUAACUUAGGAGUCACUACUUAAACUAUUCUUUAUAAUAGAAUAUGGUUCUUCCUACCCCCAUAUUUUUGGGAUAUUGAAGGCUGAAAACUAUACCUACUUUUAACUGGGAGGAUGUCCCUCUAGAUUUAGUCCUGAGUAUAUGUAUAGAAGAUUAUACCAGAAGAGAUCUUCCUUCCUUACUAACAUCUUCAGUAAAAUUUCAGCAUUGUUACAUUUUCUUGAUAACUAAACUUGUUCUUUUUAAAAUUCAGAAUAAUUGUUUUUAAAUUAGUAAUGGACAGUUUCCUACAGCUUCUAAUAAGUGGAUUGUUUUAAAAGCUUUCCAAGUGAUAAAAUAGGCUGGUCUGUUUUUCUUCCUUGUAACAGGUGCUCUUUUGCUUUUUUCCAGAUCUACCUCACUAGUCUUUCGGUGGUUAUUUAAUCACUUUUCUUGGUGCAUUCGGAAACUCAGUUCAAACUCAGGUUUACUUUUUCCUGUUUAAUAAAGGCUCAUACGGAGAUUUUUCACUAAACUACUUAGAUAUGAAAGCUUCUUAAUGCAUGUUAAAACUGCUGACCAGGUUUCUGCCCUUUACUAGUUCUUUAAGCACUUGAUGCUUGUUUUCAGCAUUUGUUUUUCUAAGUAUAUUGGUAAGUUGAUGGGCCUCCUCUUGAUUUUUUAAAAAGAUGAAACAAGAAUUGUUUAAAGACAAAGCUAAGUAAUAAUACCUUUUAUAUAAUGCCCUGGUAUUGUGCAUUCAAGUCAUACGUUUUAAUGUUUAUAACUACUUUGCAAAAUAGAUCAAUAUUAAUGUCAUGUUGUGACUGAAAUAAAAGAUAGUGAUUUUUUGAAGACUAAAAAGCAAGUUCCUGAUGGAGUUGGGAUUCCAAGUAGGGAUUUUCAAUUUACCUGAAGUUUGUCUUGCAAGUUUUGAUUUAAAUGAAAGUGUUAAUUCCAAAGAGAGUAGACCCAUUGAAGUGAUGGGAACCUUUUAAGUAAAGGCCUGUAUAUAUUAAAUCCAAUAAAUGGGGUCUACUUUAGUUGGACUAAUAGCUAGAGGUAAUAAUAUAAUAAUAAUGAAUUAUUACCGCCUCUUCCUGAAGCUUGAGGCAGGAUACAACAUCAUUAAACAAGAGAUUAAAUACUAGUAAAAUACAUACAUCAAGAUAUACAGUUAAAAUACAAGUUAAAAUCCACUGAUGUAGAGCUCGGGGGUUGCAUAACUGCGAUAUUUUCUGCAAUCACCUGGAACCAAACACGAUGUUAAAAGCCAAAUAUUAAAAGAACUGUAAAAUUCUGGUCUUUAACUAUUUCCUCUCUGCAGCAAUAUAUUUUAAAACAAUUAUCUUUCCUACUAAUCGGUCUGAAGGGCAUUCCCCAAGCUUACAGCAUUAACAAUGAAUUGUUAGAGUGGGCCACCUGCUGGCUGAAAAGCAAAACUCCAUUUUAUUAGUAAGACGAUAUUACAGUUAGAGUCUCACUUAUCCAAGCUAAACAAGCCAGCAGAAGCUUGGAUAAGCGAAUAUCUUGGAUAAUAAGGAGGGAUUAAGGAAAAGCCUGUUAAACAUCAAAUUAGGUUAUGAUUUUACAAAUUAAGCACCAAAACAUCAUGUUAUACAACAAAUUUGACAGAAAAGUAGUUCAAUACGCAGUAAUGUUAUGUUGUAAUUACUGUAUUUAUGGAUUUAGCACCAAAAUAUCAUGAUAUAUUGAAAACAUUGACUACAAAAAUGGCUUGUACAGAAACUUAGAUAAGCGAGGCUUGGAUAAGUGAGACUCUAUUGUACUAUGUAUUUAAUCUAUCAUCAUAACAGCCACAAUCUGAAUUUCUAAACAUGUAGGUAUGUUGGUUUUCCUCCUGAGAGGGCUGCCAGUUAACUGAGCAGAAAAUAGACAUCCUGCCUCCCCCCUAUUUUUAGGAUUUUUAACAAAAAAAUCUUAUUCUAUUUGACUUGGCAGUUUUGUUGUGCUGAAAUUGGAUGUUGGGAGGCAAGAUGUGUGUACAGUUCUUAAUUUUUAUUGUUUCAGUCAGGAUUAUUUCAUGCAUCUGUUCUUCAGAAUGAUUGCUGCUUGAAAAAAAGUUUCUUAAGGCAAAGGGUUCCUAUGAAGUGGCUGCCUACUUCAGUACAACCGUUCCAAUAUCUUAGCAGAUCAUUUUGGAUGUUUGAGAAGGUGCAUUUGAAAUGUCUGAACUGGAUUGUUUCUGUAAUCUGAAUCCUUGGAAGCUUUCUAAAUACCUGACUUGCAGGAAAUUUCUCUUUCAGCUCCUUUGGGGAGAAAGGGUGGUCUGCAAAUAAAGUUUUUUAUUAUUAUUUUGAAAACUCUUGCAUGCAAACAUACAUCACUUUGUGGUAUUAUACAAAAGAAUCCAUUUCAAUAGCAUCAAAUUUCACAGCAUCAUUAAAAUAAGGAAGUGCCUUUUUAAAAUGCUUAUGUACAGCAGAUGCCUAAACUUGAAAAAUUCCUAGUGCCUUGCUGGACAAAAAUGAAAUAGGGUGUGGGAUGUACAAGAAGUCAUUGCCAUGUAUAAUUAAUGUUGGGAGCGGAAAUGUGUUGUGUUUUAAUAUCCAAUUUCAAGUUUACAUUGUAAGAUGGAAAUAUUGGUCUUGAUUUACAAAACAAGGAGAUUUCUCAGUUCCUAUAUUUUAUGUCAUUAAUUAAAAAAUAGUGGGCGAACAAAGUGAGCCACCAUUCAAAUACACACAGUGAGGAUUAAUCCUAUCAAAACUUCUGAGUCACUACUGAUCUCAAAUGUUUAGCACAGAGAUAUACUAAAAGGGCCUCAGUCCUCUUGCUAGUUUUGACCAGAGCAGACCUACUGAAUCAGCCAGAUUUACCAAUAUAAUGACUCACUAUUCAACAAUUAAUUCAGUGGGUUUACUCUAUUUGGGAUUCAUCAGGAUGCCAGCUCAUGUGAGGCGUAAAGUACUACACUGAUGUAACUUUGAAGAUAUAUCACAGCAGAGUUAACAGGGUAAUUUCCACUAAACAUUUGCUUCUAUGUAGUCAGACAUAAGAGGAAAGAAAUAUGAAAGGUGUUCUCGCCCUCAAAUAUGCUUCAGUAACUUUUCAUGGUGAUAUUAGUUUCAUGCAACUGAACAAAGAGUUUGAGGCUCUCAGACCUUAAAACCCAAAUAGCAGUCAAAGUGACACAUGAUCUGUUAAAAAGCAGCUGCUUACUAGUAGUAUCAGAAGGGAUCUAUUAAUAUAUUUCUCCUUUAGAUUUUAGAAGUGGCAUGGCUUUAUUGUUGCAAGGCCAUAUAAAAAGACAUAUUUUUACCAUCAUAGCUACAAAUUCACUAAUUUGACAGGUUUCUUUUAAAAUCAAUUGAGAAAGACCAAAUGGCAUGCCAAAGUUAGCUUUAGUAUUUCUAAGACUCACUGAGUGUCAAUGGUGAGUCAAGUACUGUCCAUUUGAGAAAGUACAAAGUCUAGAAUUUAAUAAUAAUGAUGAUAAUAAUGUUUUAAUGGUAGCUGUGUGAAAAAUUGAACAUUUUAUAGUAUAUCAUGGCUGCUUACUCAUCCCACUAAUUUCAAUGAAGCGUAAUCUCUAAUGUCUGUAGAAUUACAACAUUUGGCAUGCUGUCUAACAUUGAAGAAUAAUACAUGGCACCUUAACAUCCUAUAAAAUAUAAAACAUUUGCUCUCAAUUGUAUUUCUUUGGAGAGGUAUUGCAGUGAGUAAAUCUUUUAAAAAUAAUUGUUAUCACCUGCAUAGAGGUGUCCUUUAAACUUUCUGACUUUGCAGCUGCUUUGUAAAGCCAAAAAGGUGUGUGUCCAACACCUGUUAUUUGCUGCCAUGUGCUUCCCAGAUGUUUCCGACAGAUUCACAUUCAGUUGACGCAGAUGUGAUAUCAGCAGCCAGACUACAGGGAGGUAUGCUAUAUGUAAAGUGAGGGUUGAUCACCUUUCAACAGGAUGCCCCUUUACUCUUAAUAGUGGGCACACCUGCCUUAUUUUAGUUGGUGAAAAGAUACACAUAUGUUAUGUCUAUGAGAUUUUAAAAAUAGUAGUCGUGACUAACAAUUUCCUUGCCACUUAUCAUCUUAAAGAUUAUAUGUGAAAUAAAAUAACCAUUCAGAUUAAAACAUAUAAUUCAUGACACAUAACUAUUGGCUGUUCAAACUACUGUAUAUGUUGCUCCAAACUCUUCUGAUGCCAGAUAUAGAUAGGAGAACUUUAACUCAAUACAGCUAAAUCCAUGCAAAUACAUUCAGUUAUCACUAAUAAAUGGAAAUUGUUUUUAUCCCAAACAGAACAAACUUAUGUGAAUUCAGCCCAUGACAUUGCAUUGAAUGUAACUAAAUUAAAAUGUUAACUUUUCUGACCAUAAUACCAAGUGGACAAAUAUAUUUUAAGGAGCAAGGGAGAAAAAUCUACAAAGCUCAAGGGGCAGACCUUAGAGACUUUGUUUCACACCUUGUAAUGCAUGCUUUACAAUUUCAUUGAAAUUGGAUGUUGCCGCAUAAACUGGUGUCUUUAUUUUGUGCAUCUUGGGACAAUGUCCUGUUGUAAUGGGGGAGGUAAAAGAAGUCUAGCACUUUAAUGUAGUAUCAUUGAUUACUUGGAAAUCAGUUGGAUGUGUAAGGUGUAGUGUUUUUAAGAACUGGAUGGACUUUAUUUUAUAAUAUAUUUAAAAUAAAUUUUUAUUGUGUCCUUUUCUGACAA